AUGUCGAUGAUUGCCCGCCGUGCUGCCCUGCGCGCACUGCCCCGUGCCCGCGGAUAUGCCAACACCACCGCUGACCUGAUGACGACGAACUGGGCGGAUAAGCAGGCUGCCCUCAGGUCGCAUGCGGCUGAGACCGCCGCCCUCUGGCGCAGGAUCAGCUUCUUCUUCUGCCUUCCAGCCAUCGCUGUGACCGCGCUCUGGGUACACAAGGUCGAGACGGAGCAUGCUGAACAUCAGGAGCACAUCCGAGCAGAGCACGGUGGCGAACUCCCCGAGACUCCCAAUUACGAGUAUUUGAACAAGCGUUCCUCCGGUCCUUACCCCUGGGGCAUGAACUCGCUCUUCUUCAACCCGAAGGUCAACAAGGACCUGACGAAGACAGACGAGUAA